AUUAUUAAAUGAUCUGUGAUCCGUGAUUCUCGAUUCUCAUCAUUCUCAGUAUUUAAACAGUAUGUAAACUGUAAAUAUAAUAAGUUAAUAACGUUGUCCUCAGGGGAAAAUAUAAUAAAACCUUACUAUGAUUGCGUGUGACAAGAGCAUGAAUUCUAAGUCAGUGCUUUAAUAAAUAUUGACAUAAAUAAGGCACUUGUUCAAAUUAUGGCAGUCAUUAAAUGGAGGCUGAAGUGGCGAGAAAUCAUCCCAAAAAUAAGGGAUUAUACAGCGUGGAAAUACACCCAACUGGCGCUGACAGUUCGCUGCCUCACUUAUAAUGAACACAUGAGUCAAAGUUAUGCUGUGGAUUUUUUAUUAGAACCUAUCUUUUGGUUUGUUGACAAUUUUGCCAGUUAUUUGGGAAGGGUGUUUGUGUUCUGUGUAGCAGUAUUGACUACUGCUGUUGUGGCCAUAGCAUACUGGGUUGGGCUUCCAUACUGGUGGCAAAGAAGUCCAUACACUACUAUGGUCCUGGUCAUCUUUGGCAACUGGCUUUUGCUCAAUAUUAUUUUCCAUUACUAUAUGGGUGUGGCUACUUCCCCAGGAUAUCCUCCUCAUGGUUCAAUGAUAGCGGAAGCUGCUAGCAUCUGUAAGAAAUGUAUAUCUCCGAAGCCUCCCCGGACGCACCACUGCUCCGUGUGCGAUCGCUGCGUGCUGGCCAUGGACCACCACUGUCCGUGGCUCAACAACUGCGUGGGCUACUACAACGCGCGCCAUUUCUACCUGUACAUGGUGUACAUGGUGGCGGGCGUCGCGUUCCUCAUCAUCGCCGGGAUUGAUAUAGGAUAUCAAGUCAUAUGGGUCAAUGACACUGGUGGAAUCAUUUCACACAACGACCCUGAUCUGAUCGGGCACCCAGUCCGCAUGAACCAGAGCGGAGUGUUGGUCCCAGUGAAGGUCAUAGUAGAGUACGACUCCAUAAACUCGCCGCGCGACCACGAGCUGCCCGUGCCACCCAUCACUGAAACACAGCGCAUCGCCGCACACCCCUGGAAGCGGAAAGCCGUCGUAUUCAUGGCCUUUACCUGUGUGUCUGUAUUAUUCGCUCUAGGAACAUUAACUAUCAUGCACGGAAAGAACGUGGGUAGGGGUGAAACGAGCGUGGAAGCUCAUAUUAACGCGUCCCUAAGAAAAACGCAGGGCGACUCGUUUAGGAACCCUUACGAUUUUGGGCGGAGGAAGAAUUGGAAAUUGUUCCUCGGGCUGACGCAGGGCAGGAGGUUCGCGCGGCACGUGCUGCUGCCGUCGGGGCACGCGCCCGCGGGCUCGGGGCUCACGUGGCACACGGUCCACGAUACAGCAGAAGACUGGCCGUGAAAGGCUUCAAUGUGCAUUUAUUCGUCAUUUAGUCUGAACUAGACCGUUUUACUACUAAAGUACUGUCGCUCGAUAUUUUAUAAAACCAAGCUCCAAUACGAAACCAACAGUAGGUACUUGUUUAAUUAACAGAUUAUUAGUUGUAAAAAUUUUGCUACCAACUUGAUGUAUUUAAUUCAAUGGAAGUUUAAAAGAGAACCAAAAUUAAGUUGGUGUUGGUGGUCACCGAUUGCGAUAUCCUAUAAUAAUAAUAUUGCAAAGUUACAGUAGUUAUUGAGGCAGUUUUAGUGCCCAGUUGUUGUAAAUCAAUCUGUAGUUUAGGCAGACCUGUCAUUUUUAUGCUUACGCAUAAAGAUAACUGAUGUGUAGGAAAGGGAAGCCAUCACGUAUAUGAACAUCCCAUGAUUAAAAAUAUGCGAGUCACUGACCUAAUUAUUGAAAUGAUUUAAUUUUUGA